GAUUUGAGGCACUUUAAUUAAAAUUUCUUUAAUUUGGGGAGGCACUGUUUCUUUGGCUAGGAAAGCAGUUGGAGCCUUGAACAAAAGCAAGUUGGGUUGGCUUAUAAAUGCCUUUUCAUCUGUUCUAAAGCGAUAUCUUAGAUCCUUACUAUCUAUUGUAUUCGACUGUGUAAACAUGAAUACUAAAAAGUAACAACAAAGGCCAUUCUUCUUUUCUUUUUGGCUUAAAAUCCAAAAUGAUUUGUGCAUGGUACAAACCCAGACAUCAGUCAAUGACUAAGUGUAGAAAACCUGUUGUAUUACAAAUUGAAAAAUCUUUGCCACUUUGGGCAACUGAAUCAUCCUCUCCUUUUCUCUCUUCUUCUCUGUUCCUCUCUGUAGUACUGCUGGGGAUGAAGACCGGUGGAAGCAGCAAUAUGAAUGGACAGUUUUUAGGAGAUUAAAGGGGUUCAAAGAAAGAAAGAGCUGAGAGAAGUUUGUUCCAUAUUCUUUAGCUUGACCGAGAAUAUUGCCAUAAUCUGAAUACAUUUACCAAAGAAAGUAACUGAUUCUUGUGCCAUAUCGUUUAUCGUCAUGGACCUCAAUGCAAUGGGUAGUUUGGUUCGAAUCAUGGCUUCAAAUAAGACUACUUCCCUGCAUACAAUUUUUGCAUUAUUGCAAAUUGAAGUAAGAUGUUGAACAACAUCUUUGAACGUUGCUAUCCAAGUUUUCCGCUUGCCGAAAACAUGUCUUUCAUAAGACCAUAUGGAUACAGGGCAUGCAUGAUGCAUGCAUCAGGCAUGUAGCAGACAAACUCUUUCCACUGUCCUAUUAUAACUUAAGCAAGAAAUCUAGUACAGUUAGAUAACUUUAAAAAAAAUUCUAUAUAUGUAUCAUUCCCAUUUUCAUCCAAUGAGGAUCUUCUCAAAUGAAAUCAAGAGGCUGGCCAAUCUUCCUUUUAGGCCUUGUGUACUUCACCGUGCCAAAGAUUCGAGUCUUACACUGAGUCGUGAAUAGAAACAAUUCAAUCUUCCUAAGAGACACAUGACUUGUUUGACUAUUUUGUGCUUAGCAGAGAACUGAGUGAUCUCUUAGCUCACUCAUUGUUGGAUCGUCCCAUAGGUUUCGUGCACCAACUAUUUGUCCCACAUAUUUAAUUGUCCAUAGGCAAAGAAAUGAGAUAGAUAAAAAGAAAGUGAGAGACAGAAGGAGAGGUUUCUUAUCAAGAAUCAAUCAUUUUCACCACCACCCUUGUUCACUGUCUAGUGAUUGUGCCUUGCUUUGUCUUCAUUCUUUUUGGCCAAAGAUUUUGUGCAACAUUUUUCUUCACGACGACAUAACAACCACGGCUUUUAGAUUAACUACCAGUUAUUUUUUAUUAUGCCAUGCCAUGUACACCAUUCUCUUCAUGAUUUGCUCUACAUAUAAAUCUUCACCUCCUCUGUAAAUUCUUUGCCAUAUCUGAAACCCCCCUCCCCUCCCCUUUAGUUUAAUAUGGGGGACACUCCAGGCCCUUCAUCCCCUCCCCUUUCUCCAAAGUCAAAUUUGCCUAUGCUUUAUUACGGCCUGGUCGUCGUGGGAACAGCUGCUAUCGUGCUGGCUAUAUACAACCUUAUCAUCAUUCGGUGGUGCACACAGCGGCGGGAUGAGCCCAGGCAGAGACCUACCAGGCUUGCAGAACUAACGGCCAGCCAGAGUUUUGAAAACCCCAGCAGGAACUUGCUGUCAAGUUUCAAGUACAGGAAGGAAAGCAGCAACAUGGGAUCCCAAGACCCAGGUGGAGAAUAUGAAUGUGCAGUUUGCUUAUCAAUUUUCGAAGACGGAGAGGAGGUGAGGCAGCUACCAAGGUGCAAGCAUUCUUUCCAUGCUCCUUGCAUAGAUAUGUGGCUGUAUUCUCAUUUUGAUUGCCCGCUUUGUCGUGCCUCUGUCGAGCCUUCUCCGUUUUGUCAUCGGCACACAGUGGUUAAUUCACCAGAGAAUUCCAGGGAAGAUUUGCUGGAUACCAGCAUCCCAGUUUGAGUUCGCCAUUUUUGUUGAUCUGUUUUCUUCUUCUUUUCUUUGCUAAUCUCUUUGUUGAUUGAUUAGGUAGGGAAAGUCUGAUACCCAGUCUGUCUUGGUCCUGGUCUUUGUCGGCCUGGGAUGCGUGACGAUCUUAAUUCUUAACCAAGACUAAACCAAGGAUGCCAGUCAACUCGUUUUAGUGCUCCAACUGGGUUAGGGUUGAAGCUGGACGGAGCCAGCCAUGUCGCUUCCCUGUGUAUUUAGAAAUCAAGUUUUGGUAUGUAGCAUACACAAUUAAUCCCAGAAACUUCUUGCACUUAUUGUGUAA